AUGCUUGUGGUGCACAGAAUCGAGUUCCAGCUGCCCUCUUUGCGGAAGGAGACCGGACCAGGCUUGCCAGGCUUAGACAGCGAGCCGCUCCGUGGCUGGGCGCCGGCUCCCGAGGCCGUCUCGGACGAGCGGCUGAAACUGCUUCUGGGAGAGUUGGGCCUGCCGUCCGCCAGUAGCUUCUUGUCUGUGGAGGGUGUGCUGGGACCCGGUAAUGGUGGCAGAAUACACCUUUGGCGCUGGGUCAUACACGAGGAGCUGCGUCUUGAUGAGGGCACUCGUGAGGAAGAAUUCGGCCUUCUAGAAGUCGGCGCAAUGGAUUCAAGAUCCAGUGUCGAGUCUGUGAAGGGAGAUGAUGAAAACCAUCAAGAUGACUACGAAGUCGAGUCAAUGAGCGAUGCCAUGCGUGACCCCAUGUGGGCAGAAGACGACGCCUUUGGCAUCGAGGAGGCUUACAGAGAUUUGUCCAGUGUUAUAAAGCUCAUCCAGAACCAGCGAGUCUUGCUCCAUGAACGAGGUGGCUACAUGGAGGGUGGUCAUAUGGAGCAGCGGCUGAACAAAGCCGAGGCGGGGCUCACAGGAGACCGAUGGCUCCAGGGACUGGUGAGGAAGGUGAGGGACAAGCUCAGCGACAUCGAGGCGCUGGCGCGGGGCUCAGCUGAGAUCUUUCGGGGAUCGAUUUAG